AUGGCAGAAAACCAGGCAAAUCAGUCAUGUUUUAUUCCGGGGAUCUCCGUGUCGUUCCAGAUAAGAUUCUUCUAUUACGCCAACUGGUUUUCUCCUCUCACAAUGUUACUAAGCAUUUGGUGUUGUGUAUCCAAUGUGAUAGUCAUCAUUGGUUUGUUGAGGAGUGGCAUCAGGUCUCUUCGUCCAGGAUUGCUGAUGGUUUGUAGCUUGGCCUUCAGUGAUUUUCUGUGGGGGGCGACAGUUGCACCGAUAAACGCUAGUUUCAGGAUAAAAAAUUUAAUGAACAGUGAUGUGUGCGAAGUUAGCUGGCAAACCUUCGAAAUGGUACAAACGAAUUUAGCAAUACCUUUCACGAUGUGCUUUCUUGGCACUAUAGGAAACCUUACGGUCAUGAGCAUUGAUCGAUAUCUUGCUGUCCGAAGUUGGCUUCGAUAUACCAUGUUAGUAACAAGACGCAGCGCCGUUGUCAGUUGUUCUCUCGUGUGGGUGACAUCAGUAACCAUUGGAUGUCUAAACCAGUUUAAAACUCUUCGUCACACAGUCUUUGAUUUUAUAAUGUCAAGCGUCAUCUUCCUUUUAGCUUUGGUCAUCAUCAUUUUCCAGAUCAUAAAACUUUGUUUAUUCCGUCGUCAUAACAACGCUGUAGCUCAGAUAAUGGAGGAUGGAGAUAAUCAAGCAAAUUCUGUCAGCGAUCAAAACGCAGCAGCUGAGCGCGAACUAACGAAAACAACAACAUACGUGGUAAGCCUUUUGGGAUUAGUUUUCAUCCCCAUGAUAAGUUUUAUUACAGUGAGUGUUAUUGUGCAAAAACAAGUUGCAAGGUUUUUGGAUCCGUUUAUAAUUCCUCUGUUUACCAUAAAUUCAGCAGUUAACCCAAUCUUGUAUUACAGGGGAAAUAAGAAAGUCAGAGAAGCAAUUACUAGCCUUAUAAAAUGCAAGUGA